AAGCAAAAGUCUGUCCCAGUUUGGUGAGAUUUUUUUCCCUACUCUUUCAAAUCUCUCUGCUUCACUUUCACAGUUUCUCUCUAUCUCUCUCUCUCUCAAACUUUUACUAAUUUCACAGCAACCCUCGCAACAAGUUCAGUUUUCUCAGAAGAACUAUGAGAUACCUUAGUGCAUUUAAGGUUCAAUGGAGCCUUUUGUUAAGCACUACUACUUGAACUCUCAGUUAAAAUUAUAUGCUUUGAGUUCCAACUUGUCCUCUUUUGUAAAUUCUCGGAGCUUUUAUUUUUUGGGUACUUGGUAUUCUUUUGAAUAUUCAGCUGGGUUCCUCUAAUUUGUCGAUAUUAAGGUGAAAACUGCCUCAUAUCCAAAAUUUAAGUAUAUGUGCCAACAUUUUGACCUCAGUAUAGACAACCUUAUCUUCGGUUGGCGAAUACCUGAGCUAUCUGAGAAGAUAUGGUCAGCUUGCAUUCAGCUGAUAUGAAGGCUAUACAGAGCACGCAAGAAAUACAAGCCUCAACGCAAGUCUCUCAUGAGUCCCAAGUUGACCAACUGAACCACACAACUGAGGCUCCUGUAACAGAUUCAGGUUCAGUAUCUGCUUCAAGCAAUGAUAGCAAAAAAGUUUCUCGCCAAGAUAUUGAACUUGUUCAGAAUCUAAUAGAGCGGUGUCUACAAUUAUAUAUGAAUAGAGAUGAGGUGGUUAAAACCCUCUUGAAUCGUGCAAGGAUAGAUCCUGGAUUUACAACUCUGGUAUGGCAGAAGUUGGAAGAAGAAAAUGCUGAUUUCUUCAGGGCCUAUUACAUACGGCUAAAAUUGAAAAAACAAAUUCUCCUCUUCAACCAUCUGCUUGAGCAUCAGUAUCACCUGAUGAAGUAUCCUGUACCUCCAAAGGUUCCUUUGGCCCCUAUACAGAAUGGGAUACAUCCCAUGCCCGUUAAUAACUUGCCUAUGGGAUACCCCGUACUACAGCAACCUUCAUUUCCAGCAGCAGGUCAACCCCAUCUGGAUCCAAUGGGUUGUGGAAUAUCAAGCUGUCAUGUGGUUAAUGGAGUCCCUGCACCGAGCAAUUUUCAUCCCAUUCGGAUGAAUUCUGGGAACGAUAUGGUGAUGGAGAACAGUGCUGCUGAUGUGGCUCCUAUUAUUCCACCAAACAGCACCAUGUCAUCCAUGUCAGAGAUGCCUGUGAGUCCUGGAUCAGUGGCGUCCAGUGGCCAUUUCCCCUUUACUGCAUCAGAAAUAUCAGGAAUGGGGGUAGAAACAUCAGCACUUGAUACAGCAUUUACAUCAGAUGUGGCAACUUCAGUAGGAUUGCAACUAGCACCAGAUGGCCCUGGAAAUUCCAGGUCACUAGAUCAGAUUCAGUGGAAUUUCAGUCUAUCAGAUCUAACAGCAGAUUUGUCGAACUUAGGAGGAACUUGCUCCAUUCUCACAACACCAAGAUCAGAAAGGAAUUUCUUGAGCCAGGUAGCCUCCUUUACCGCUUCACAAGUAGCAACAUAUUCAGCUUCCAUGGUGGAUUCAGCAAUACAAGAUUGCUCAACACUCUUCCAACUUAUGGCUUCACCUCCCAAGGUGAAAACAACCUGAAGUGGACUUUCUGAAAUCAAGAUCUGACUGAAAAUCUGAAUCCGUAUAACCAAUAAGUAUCAAAUCCUCAUUAUGGUAAACAAGCAUAUAAUCUCUUGUUCUCCGUGGAUACUUGAGAAUAUGCUUUACAGCUUGCCAAUGUUUUGGUCCUGGAUUUGAUUGAUAUCGGUUGACCAUGCCAACCAAAUAACAGAUAUCUGGUCUAGUACAAAGCAUGGCAUAUACGAGACUUCCUACUGCAGAAGCAUAGGGAAUUUGUCUCAUCAUAUUUUCUUCCUCAAGAGUCUUAGGCCUUUGGUCAUCAGAUAGAGGAACUCCAUGUUUGAAAAGAAAUAAUCAUUUUUUGGAGUUUUGCAUGCUAAACCGUUCUAGAACCUUAUUUAUAUAUCUAGCUUGUGACAAA